AUGGAACAGGUUAACCAGUUGAAGGAAAAGGGUAACGCGGCAUUGGCGUCUGGUCUUUACGAAAAAGCAGUGGAAUAUUAUAGCCAAGCGAUUAAUUUAGAUCCGAAGAAUUACGUUCUAUUCAGUAAUCGGUCAGCAGCACACGCUAAAGCAGCGAAUUACCCAGCGGCCCUAGAAGAUGCAAACAAGACAGUGUCCCUUAAUCCAACAUGGAGCAAGGGCUAUUCAAGAAAAGGCAGUGCUUUGGCAUAUUUAGGGAGAUACGAAGAAGCUAUCGCUGCAUAUCAGAAGGGAUUAGAACUAGAACCUGGUAAUCAACAGUUAGCCUCCGGGCUUGCAGAAGUCAAUAAACAAGUAGAUUCUUUUAAAUUGGAGACAGCAAAAUUAAUAGAGAAACUUAAAGCCAAUCCAAAAACAAGGGAGUGGUUAAAAGAUCCAGAGUAUGUGAAACUGGUUGAGAAACUCGUGAGGAACCCGUUUGACGCAAGCCUCAUGGACGACGGCAAGAUGGACCCGCGCGCGAUGGUGACCAGCGGCAUAAUGCUCGGUGUGGACCUCGACGCCGCGAUGGACGUGGACCCGCCGGCGGACGAGGCGGGGGCGAAGGCGCCGCCGCGGCCGCCGUCGCCGCAGCGGGACCUGCCCGAGGGGCGGCGCCUCGCGUUGCAGCAGAAGGAGCUCGGCAACGAGUGCUACAAGCGCAAGGAGUUCGAAGCGGCGAUCUCGCACUACCGCAAGGCGAUAGAGCACGACCCCACGGACAUCACGUUCUACACGAACAUCGCGGCGGUGCACUUCGAGCAGCGCGAAUACGAGAAGUGCAUAAAGGAGUGCGAGAAGGCUAUAGAGAUCGGCCGCGAGAAUCGCGCCGACUUCAAGCUGAUCGCCAAGGCGUUCACGAGGAUCGGUAACGCUUACAAGAAGAUGGAACAAUGGAAACUGGCUAAAACCUACUAUGAGAAGUCAAUGUCAGAGCAUCGAACCCCAGAAAUCAAGACACUGCUCAGCGAGGUGGAGCGGCGCAUCGCUGAGGAGGAGAAGAAGGCGUACAUCGACCCCGUGAAGGCAGAACAGGAAAAGGAAUUGGGCAAUGAAUACUUUAAGAAAGGCGACUACAGCACAGCUGUGAAGCACUACACGGAGGCGAUAAAGCGCAACCCGGACGAGCCCAAGCUGUACUCGAACCGGGCUGCCUGCUACACGAAGCUGGCCGCGUUCGACCUGGGCCUGCGCGACUGCGACCAGUGCUGCCGCCUCGACCCCAAGUUCAUCAAGGGCUGGAUCAGGAAGGGCAAGAUCCUCCAGGGUAUGCAGCAGCCUUCCAAAGCACUCACCGCCUACCAGAAAGCCCUUGAGCUGGACCCUAGCAAUGCUGAGGCACUCGAGGGAUAUCGUGCAUGCUCCACACAGCUCAACUCCAAUCCAGAAGAGGUGCGCAAGCGCGCCAUGGCCGACCCCGAGGUGCAGGCGAUCCUGGGCGACCCCGCGAUGCGCUGCAUCCUGGAGCAGAUGCAGCAGGACCCGCACGCGCUGCAGGACCACCUGCGCAACCCCGCCAUCGCCGCCAAGAUACAGAAGCUGCUCGAGUCCGGCCUCAUCGCCAUCCAC